UUUUGACGUCGCACUCGACGAUGCGGAAACGAAGCCUUCGAGCAAACGCACCGCGCUAGCAGAUCGACGAUGGCGGAAAAGGGCGCAGGCGCUGCUGCCGGGGGCGAGAGGUGGAAGGCAGCGCUCGUAAACAUCUCGGAGAUGGGUACCAAUUUCGACUCUCUGCAGAAGCUCCUCGCUAAGAAGGCCGUCUUCGUGGACGAGGAAACCUUCGCCAAGGCCACCCUCACCUCCGAGCAAGCGCGCACCAUCAAGACUCUUGAACAGAGGGUAGAGGCUCUGGAGAGAGAACUUGAUGCUGCAAUUGCGGCUGCAGCUCGUGCACGUACAGAAAAGAGACAGGCUGAAACAGCCCAGCGCGCAGCUGAGUUGCAUGCACAAGAGCUCACAAGAGAACUUGAGAACACUACAAAGGUGUUUAAGCUGCACAUGGAAGAACUGCGCUCUCAGAAAGAGGAGAUCACAAAGAAAGAAAGUGAGAUCAAACUUUUGGAAGCUAUUAUUCAGACAUUGAGUAGAAAUGACACUAGUGCAGAUGGCUAAGCUUUGUUUAAAUGUGAAGACAAUUCAGGAAAAUUCUCCUUUUCCAAUUUUUCUCGGCAAAUGAAAUCGAAUUGGUCUCCA